AUGGGGGGAAAGGGGGUCGUGCUGGUGGAGGAGGAGGAGGAGGAGGAGGAGGAAGAGGAGGGAGAAAGGAGGAGGAGGAGCCGGAACAGGAAAAGAGCGACGGAGUUCGACCAGCGGCCCGCAGAGCCCACCGCAGCUCCGGCCCCCGCAGCAUUGCCGGUGACCAGGGAGAGGGAGCUCACCCCAAGUCUGUCCGGGGGUCCCCGAGAGGAAUUCCCAGUGCCAGACUUUGGCUGGGUAGAGGAGAAGGCUGUGAGGAAGAGGAGGAUGCCCCAGGACCCCCAGGCAGACAAGGAGGCCAGGGAGGACAAAUCCCCUCAGCAGAACCUCGUGGAAGAGGCUGUUUUGAGCGGCUCCAUUGCACAGGAAUGCAACGGGGAGGAAAAGGCGCGGAGAUCCCGCCCGAGGAGGGGCUCCAAACCCAUGCCAGGGUGCUCCAAGGAGGAAGGACCCACCUUGUGCCAGGAAGGCAGCCAGAGAUGUGGCCAGAGCUCUGAGCUGGUGGUGCAUGAACAGCUUCACAAUGGCAAGAAGCUGCACCAGUGCUCGGAAUGUGGGAAGAGUUUCUGUGCAAAGUCCAGCCUGGUCCGGCACCAGAAGAUCCACACUGGGGAACGGCGCUGUGAGUGUGGGGAGUGUGGGAAGCGCUUCAGAGACACCUCUCACCUGAUGAUCCACCUGAGAGUCCACACUGGGGAACGGCCCUAUGAGUGUGGGGAGUGUGGGAAGAGCUUUGCUGACAGGUCCAGCCUGAUCUCCCACAAGAGGAUCCACACUGGGGAACGGCCCUAUGAGUGUGGGGAGUGUGGGAAGAACUUCACUACCAGCGCUAGCCUGAUCAUACACCAGAAGAUCCACACUGGAGAACGGCGCUGUGAGUGUGGGGAGUGUGGGAAGCGCUUCAGAGACACCUCUGGCCUGUUGAUCCACCUGAGAGUCCACACUGGGGAACGGCCCUAUGAGUGUGGGGAGUGUGGGAAGAGCUUCACUGUCAGCUCCAGCCUGAUUAUCCACCAAAGGAUCCACACUGGGGAACGGCCCUAUAAAUGUGGAGAAUGUGGGAAAGGCUUCAGAAAGAGCUUUCACCUGAAACGCCACCAGAUGCUCUGCACUGGAAUCUGACCCUGUGUGUGUGGGCAGUGCAGGAAGAGCUUCUGUGACAGCUCUGGCCUGAUCAUGCAGCAGACAGUGCACACUGGGGAAUGCCCCUACACAUGCUCAGAAUGUGGGAAGAGCUUCAUCCAGCACUCCAAGCUGCUUGUCCACCGGCAGAUGCACAGCGGAGAGAGGCCCUAACAGUGUCCUGAGUGUGGGAAUACCUUGUCCCAGAGGUGUGGCAUGACCCAAGCGCAUUGGAGGCAGCAGGAAGGGAAGCCCUGCAAGUGCCCUGCGUGCGGGAAGAGCUUUGUGCGCUGCUCCAACUCCAUCCCCCGUUGGAGGAGCCCAUUGGAUGAUCCCCAGUGAGCCGUGUUGGGCAGAGCCUUGGGGAUCCACGGUCCUGGUGAUCCAUGGUGGGAAGACAGCUGGCUGGUGGUCUCCACAUCUUCCUGGGCCCCUGGGGGCACCUGGGCGCAGCAGGACAAAAUUCUCUUGGGAUGCAGACCUGCGUCAGGAAUUCAUUAGGGAUAGUGAAUUUUUUUUACUUUUGACCUGAAGAAAUCCCACCUUUUGCAUCCUAUUUUUUCUUCUCUAAGCAUCAAAGAAAACUGGGAUGUCUUAAGAGUCUUUUCCAACCUAAAUCAUUCCAUGAUUCUAAUUCUUUCUGACCCUUCCACAGGCAUGGUUACAGACUGGGGCAAAAACCCAAGAUUUUGGAGACAAUGGAGUGGAAACUCCUCUAAAAAGGGUUCUUUCCCGCCACCCAAGCACAUGGAUACUCAGCCAGCAUGGACACAUAAAUCCUUUUAUUUUGGCCUUGAUUUUCUUUCGUUGUUUAUUGUUCUUCAUCCUUUCACCCAACACUGGGGUAAAAAUAAAAGCUUUUAUCUAAGA